CCAGAGCGUUUCAUCCCUGAAGCUCGCCCUUCAUAUCACUGAGGCGCCGCUUCAAUGUGCAGGGACGCAGCCAAUCUCUUCCUUAUGACGCCAGCGAGGCUGGGCUCAGAUGUCUAAGGUUUAACAGACCCACCCUGGAUGAACACUUGGAGGAGAGAGAAAAGGCGGCGCUGGGAGGACAAAAUCACGACCUGGAUCGCAACACCUGCCAGGGAGACGCUCACUUCAGCGACGCUCGCAGUAAAAAAAAAAAAGAAGUGGGGCAGCAUCCGAGCAUCUCACCGAUAACCUGCUCUUUAAUGGAUUGUUUUCUUUAUUCUUGAUCUUAUAUAUUAAUUUUAGAUAUUAUUGGAAAGCUUUAUUCCAGCGGACUGUGUGAAAUCUACCUCUGUUGGGACUUUCUAUUUGAUCAGAGAGCAGUUAUGCUGCUUUGAUGUCUCACUCCGCGCUGGGAAGCAGGUUAAAGGAAGAGCAUCGAUGCGUUUAACGGGACCCCCUUUGUUACAUCCUCAUGAAUGAAGACUCUUAGACGCAACUUCACCUCUCAGGACAUGAAGGAUCAUUAUAAAUUAAACGAGACUCUUAAAUAUGAUGGGAUUUUUAAGUGGGAUUGGAAUAGAAGAUCAGCAUAGUUUUAUUGCUGCGUUCUCAGAGAAAAUUACUAAAUCCUAAAAUAUCCCUUCAAGAAAACAAGUAUAAAGCCUAUAGAACAAUGAUAUUGUUUCGUAGAUUCAGAGUGUUGAUCCUUAUGGUGUUUUUAGUUGCGUGCACUCUGCACAUCAUGAUAGACUUGCUGCCAAAGCUAGAGAAGAGAGCUGUCGGAGCGCACGGAGAGGAGGGUGGCUGCCAGUGCGCGCAGCACCCGGGCAGGGAGGCGCAGGGCUGGGGAAAGCAGCGAGCCAGGACGGCCGCCGACGCGGGUUGGCCUAACAAGCACACGUUGAGGAUCUUGCAGGAUUUCAGCAGCGAGCCCGGCUCCAACCUCACGUCCCACUCGCUGGAGAAGAGCGCAGCCGGUGCGGACAGAGCCGGAGAGUCCGGCGGAGCGUCAGCGAAGCAGCACAAGCCUCUGAUGAGGGAAGGGACCGGGGGUCGCACCGCCUCUGUAAAUCAGGCAGCCUCCCGGUUAUCGGCUUUGUUUGAGCAUCCCUUAUACAAGGUUGACCUUCCUCCCCUCACGGAUGAUGAUACUUUGUUUAACGUCAACAAUGACAUCAGGUUUUAUCCAAGAGCCACAGGGAACCAGGGAUGGCAUAAUGAGGAGGGGGAUGAGGAUGAGCUUUCUCCAACUGCCGAGGUGACAGCAGAGUCUUACCCCAACUGGUUGCGUUUCCACAUUGGGAUUAACCGAUAUGAGCUCUACCCCAGGCACAGCCUGGUGCUGGACGCCUUGCUGAAGGACCUGGUCAGUCAGAGGAUCACCAGCGUGGCCAUGAAAUCCGGAGGCACCCAGCUGAAGUUGAUCAUGACUUUCCAGAACUAUGGACAAGCGCUGUUCAAACCCAUGAAGCAGACCAGGGAGCAGGAAACGCCUCCAGAUUUCUUCUACUUCUCCGACUUUGAGAGACACAAUUCUGAAAUUGCUGCUUUUCACCUGGACAGGAUCCUUGACUUUCGCAGAGUGCCUCCGGUGGCAGGGCGACUUGUCAACAUGACAAGUGAGAUCAGAGAUGUGACGCGUGACAAGAAGCUGUGGAGGACUUUUUUCAUCUCACCAGCAAACAAUGUCUGCUUCUAUGGUGAAUGCUCCUACUACUGCUCCACUGAGCACGCUCUGUGUGGUAAACCAGACCAGAUCGAAGGCUCCUUAGCAGCCUUUCUACCAGACCUCAAUCUGGCCAAACGCAAGACCUGGAGAAACCCCUGGAGACGCUCCUAUCACAAGCGCAAAAAAGCAGAGUGGGAAGUUGACCCAGAUUAUUGUGAUGAAGUAAAGCAGACGCCCCCGUAUGAUCGAGGGACCAGAUUGCUGGACAUCAUGGACAUGACCAUCUUUGAUUUUUUAAUGGGCAACAUGGAUCGUCAUCAUUAUGAAACCUUUGAGAAGUUUGGAAAUGACACUUUUAUCAUUCACCUUGACAAUGGAAGAGGAUUUGGAAAGCACUCACAUGAUGAGCUGUCCAUCCUCGUACCUCUCAGCCAGUGCUGCAGGGUCAGGAAGUCCACUUACUUGCGUCUCCAGCUGCUGGCCAAAGAGGAGUACCAGCUGAGUUCACUCAUGGAGGAGUCCCUUCUGCGGGACCGCUUGUCCCCUGUACUCAUCCAGCCUCACCUCCUGGCCAUGGACCGGAGGCUCCGACUAGUUCUGCAGGUUCUGGCGGGCUGCAUAGAAAAAGAGGGCUAUGUUAAUGUUGUGGAGGAGGACCUCUCUGGGGACACAGCUACUCACAGGGGCCCGGGCCAUAGGUAGUAAGGGUGAGAGUCGUACAGGGUGACAGCACUGACACGUAGCCCUAAUGGACCACAAGCAGCAUUGCCUGUUUACCUAUUGGGAUUGGACCAGAAAUCCCACCUCUGAAAUCAAGCUGAAUUCAAUGAAUUCCAAGACUGCCGUCAUUGCCUCUAUAGAAACUGCUUUUAGGUGUGUUUGUAUAAAAAAUAAAAUAAAAGAUCAUGCUUAUGUGGAGGCUUUAUAAUUGUCAUAUACAGCCAUAUGUUUUACUUUUUUAUUGUUUUGUUUGAUCUGUUUAAGACAUAAAGGAACAUCUGCUGUGUUUUG